AGGCAGCUGCGCCCUUCAGAACAUUUUCUCAAUUGAACGCACGCGACCUUCAGUCACAACAGGUUGCCUUAAGGCAACCGGACAAUCGCAAAUGCGAUGAAAUCUGCGAAGUCCGCCAGUCGCGGAUUCUGAUUUGAGACUCGAUCAUAGCUUGCUGUCUUUUUCCAUGCGUGCUUUCUACGCGAAACGACAGCAAGCGAACGUUGCAUUGAUAAUCACCAUUGGGAAUAAAUACUCGAGGUCCCGGAUGCCACCUUCCACUCUACGUUCGCCAGCUCAUUUUUCUCCUGGUUCACAUUCGUUCUGCAAUCCUAUCCGCUCAUUAUGUCCUUCUACAGUACCCCCAUCGAGGAAAUCCCUGCAAUUCGGGAGGCUUUGGUUAAAGGCUUUGCGUCUGGGAAGACCAAGAACGUCCUAUUCCGCAAGACACAACUCAUCCAGCUUGCGUAUCUUCUUCAGGAUAAUCGGGAACGAUUCAUUGAAACCCUGGCCAUUGACCUCAAGCGGCCCGUUCUUGAGUCAAACUUCCUGGAAAUCAAUGGGACCAUCGCAGAAGCAUAUGAGGCUUUCAGUAGGAUUGAGGAAUGGACCAAACCCGAGAAGCCACAUUUCGAUUUGAAUUGGUUCUUCAUGAGACCUGAAGUCAGAAAGGAACCGAAAGGCGUCGUGCUCAUUAUUGGGCCCUUCAAUUUCCCUCUUUGGUGCCUUUUGGGUCCCCUGGCUGGAGCGCUUGCUGCUGGAAACACUGUUUUGCUGAAACCAUCCGAGUUGUCCUCCGCUACCGCGGACUUGGUCGCUGAGCUCAUUCCUAAAUACCUUGAUCCCGAUGUAGUGAGAGUUGUGAGGGGAGGAGUCCCUCAAGCCACAAAGCUGCUUGAAUACCCUUGGGGGCAUCUCUGUUAUACGGGCAACGGACGUGUUGCGAAGAUCAUUGGCGCUGCUGCAGCCCAAACUCUGACGCCGGUGACUUUCGAGCUUGGUGGCAAAAGCCCGGUCAUCAUCGACAAAAGCGCCGACUUGGAGUUGGCUGCUCGACGAGUCAUGUGGGGUAAAUGUGCCAAUGCUGGCCAGAUUUGUGUUUCGCCGGAUUAUGUGUUGGUUCAUCGCGACGUCGAAGAGGCAUUCAUCAAAGAAGUGCGAAAAGUUCACACGAAAUCCUUUGGCCCUCACCCCGAAAAAUCCGAUUCCCUGUCUCGGAUCAUCUCGCCUCACCACGCAUCUCGCAUUAAAGCUUUGGUGGACAAUACCAAGGGCAACGUCAUCCUUGGAGGCGAAGUUAACGUUGAGGAGAGAUAUGUCGCACCCACCGUUGUCCGGGACUUGGAUGGAGAUGAUUCACUUUUAAGCGAGGAGAUCUUUGGGCCUGUCCUACCUAUUGUCAAGGUCAACGAUGUUGACGAUGCUAUCAAUUUCAUUACUUCAAGGGACCAUCCAUUGGCACUCUAUAUCUUCACGCAGGAUAAGAAAGUCAAAGAGAAGAUUCUCUCAAGCACCAACAGUGGUGCUGCCGUAGUGAAUGAUGUAUCCAUUCACGCUCUUGCGGCUGGUAUGCCCUUCGGCGGAGUAGGUGCUAGUGGAUCGGGGGGCUAUACCACAGGAAAGUGGGGCUUCAAUACAUUCACGCACUUCAGAACAACUCUCGACGUUCCCAGCUGGCUUGACAAAAUUGCUUUGGGAUCGCGUUUCCCGCCAUACACAGACGUGAAACUUCAGGAUCUCAUGACAUUGGCCAAGUACAAGCUUCCGCCUCGCCCAGCCCCAGGUUCCAUUGUUGCACCGCAGCGGCGAUGGAAGCUGUGGGCCGCACUUGCAGUCGCGGGUGCAAUCGCGGCGUUUCUGAAACAACGGUCGUCAUGAAUUAUGUGCGACAGGGUUUAUAGAUGCAGAGGCCCAGCUGUAGGGAUUGAGAAUUGUGUUCCGUGAAAUAGGAGAGGCCAUGCAGGGUAAGUAGUAGUGGCGUAGCUAGGUAGCUCCGAGUUCGUUAUUUUCGUUACUAUCCUCGCACCGUAGUUUGUCAUAUAUACAUGAUGUUCAUGUCGCUCCAGGCUCUCA